AUGAAUUCUGAGGAUAUUUAUCGUCCAACGGCAGGCGACGUACAAAGUAUCCUGCGGCUUCUUCAUGACAAUGGUGUUAGUGUUCAAAAUUCCAAAAAGGCAUAUGCAGAGUUGCAACAAUAUCAGGCAAAUCCGUCAUUCUGCAUUUUGCUAUCCUACGUUUUUGGCGCGGAGGCUUGUCCCAUUCAAGAAUUGCAAUUAGGCGGAUCAUGGAUUCAAUAUAGACGACUUGCCGGAAUAACUUUAAAGAACAAUCUCGAAAAAUCCAAGUACGCACUGGGUCUAGGCGCCGUGAAGGAGGCGGCUCGCUGUACGUUAUCCGUACUGGGUAACCCAUCAGACGCUCGAAUUGCUCGAGUAGCGGCCCAAAUCGUGGUGAAAAUAACAGCUCUUACCUCUUUUAAUUGGUGGCAGGAGUGUGGAAUGGGCAAUUUACCAAAUUUGCUUCUCAACGAACUAUUUGGGGCAGGGGACUUAAAGACGUUAUCUGCGCUUUAUACUCUUCAGUAUUUGAUGGAAGAUCUCCCGAAAGAUGUGGGUAUUGCCAGUAAGGAUAUUAUCGAUCGAGUUUUAACGCUUGUAUUGGAUCAAAAUACCGAAGCAAAUCUUCAGAAGGCAGCAUUCCGAAUGUGCUUUAAUAUUUAUGAACAAGCAGAACAACUUGAUUGGAACGUAGAAGGACUAUCUCCACUGCAAACUGGAUUAACAGCCGCAAGUGGCACUUUUGCUGGUGUAUGUACGACGCUUUUAGAGCAAGGUUGUGGGUGUGAUAUUCCACUUCUGAUUCAAGUGUUACGCUCGUGUGCCUUAAUGCUUGAGUACCUUGAAUAUUUUACGCCUAUGUCCGACGCGGAAACGGCCAGAUUGAUCGAUUGGUGGAUUCGCCAUACUAUAGAUGUAGUUUCUUGGAGGAUUGACGUAGGUGAAUACAAUCUUCAAUUAAAGACGGCUGCCAUGGAUUUGUUAACCGCAGCCUUGAAGCUAUAUGAUCGAAUGGGGGGUAACGGAACUAUUUCCCUUCUUAUGGAACCAAUACUCACUAUGCUACCAAAUCUUAUCCCGGCUUUGGUGGCUUGUGUUCCUAUGUCUAUUGAAGAGGUGGAUAGUAUCUUAUCGAAUGAUGACUAUCGAUCGCGCGAUGCAACUGCAGUUAAUUAUCAUUUAAAUGAAGGAAGCAAAGACAUAUCUGAAGAUACAUUUAUGGAGGAUGAUUGUGGUGCUGCCACACUGCGCGCAUCAGCAUUACGGUGUAUUGAUGCUCUCUGUAUUUUUUCAAGUAAAGAGACAUUUCCACAUCUAAUUGAGCAGAUUAAGAUUUUAUGGGGUGCCGAUCGAAAACUGAAGGAGGCUGCAAUUGUGUUGUUCGGGACCAUCGCAAACGGUUGCUACACGGAAAUUGAAAAUACGGUUUCAGAUAUUGUUCGUCAAUUGAUUGAUACUGUUCUGUCGCCUUCAGAAGAUAUCUUUGUGGUUAGCGUUGCUAUCUGGUCCUUGUCACGAAUAUUGGAAUGGGCUUGCACAUGCGAUGAAAAAAUUUUAUCAGAGAUUAUGGCAGCUUUUAUUUCUAGAAUGCAAAGUACUAGUAAACGCGUUCAACAGGCAGCGGUGUCUGCUUUAAAUACGGCAUUCGUAACCGGACAUAACAUGGGUGCAACAACGAGUCUUUUUGACAUGCUCCCUUGUUUAACUGAGUCGAUCAUCGCAUGUUUGCCCAUAUACUGUGAUGGAAAUUUAUCACUUCUCUGCGAUUUAGCUUUGCAUAUUAUUGCUAUUGCAAAGGAUUUUGAAGUUACAUCACGAAUUGGAGCUGCAUUUAAGAGUAAUCGCAUUGAACGCGUGAAAUACUUUGAGGCGUCAUAUGUGGCAUUUUACAUCAAUGGGGCACUCAACACACACGUCGAUAAGGACAUCUUUUCUAUUGAUCGUGUUGUCGCUGGAUUCUUGACGCGGUUUCCAGAUUCAGAAACUUCUUUGAAGGUUCUCGGAAUGUGGCACGUAGCGUUAAAGGAUGCAGUCGAACGAGACAUCAGAGACGACGAGGAUUUGUUGUGCAAUAUGAUGUUUACUUGCUCCAACUUUUUGACGGUUACCUCCACUGCCGCGCUCACCGCAUGUAUGUCUCAAAUGCAGGACUCGUUAGCGAGUUUGGCAUUUCAACUUCUUGUUACUUUUCCCCAGAAACCUGUGAAAUCGGCGGCGGUGACGCUGCUCCAUCGCCUAUUGAAGUCCGUUGGAAAAUCCGCCUACCCUAAUGGAAUGGGAGACAAGUUGCUCGUUACGCUUGCCUCCUUCAUUCGUGAAAUUGAUAUUUCUUAUGAUAAGUUGGAGCUGGUGCGUUUGAUUACUCUGAUGGUCGAGGUGUACUUUACCGACUUUCCACAAGAUGCUUCCGUCGCAUUUGCCGCCGCUGUAGAUGCGCUUCGCAGUGACGCUUACAAUGAUUCACGCUGGCUUUUUUCACAGAUGGCGUACGAUAUAUGUCAUGCCCUUGAUGUAGUGCCGAGACUUUUGGCGCAAUCGCGGCCCGAAGAGCUCGCCCGAAUAAUGGCACAGGCCGAGAACACAUGUGGCAAAUCAGUGGCGACGAUACAUCUAAUUGAUGCUCUAUUGUCAGCAGAAGAAGUCGCUUUCGCUAUACUUCCGGAUGUUAUGCGACUUAUUUACAGUUGGCAGCAGGCGGCAUGUAACUUUCCUGGUACUCAAGAAAAACUUAGCUCUAUUCUUUUUCUUUAUAGCAACAAACACAAUGAGCAAUUGAGAGAUCAACUGAGCAAUUUGCACCCCAAUCUUCGCGAGAUGAUAAUGUCGACGUACGGCAUGAGCUAA